AUGGACCAGUCAUCUCCAACCUAUAUGAUUGCUAAUUUAAUCCCCUUACAUUCAGAGCAACUCCUGCAAGGCCUGAAUCUACUCCGCCAGCACCAUGAACUCUGCGAUGUCAUCCUUCGUGUUGGAGAUGUCAAGAUCCAUGCCCAUAAAGUUGUGCUUGCUAGUAUCAGCCCAUAUUUCAAAGCCAUGUUCAGUGGCAAUCUUUCCGAGAAGGAGAACUCAGAGGUGGAAUUCCAGUGCAUUGCAGAAGCAGCUCUGCAGGCCAUAGUGGAAUACGCCUAUACAGGGACUGUAUUCAUAUCACAGGACACUGUGGAAUCACUUCUGCCUGCUGCCAAUCUCUUGCAAAUCAAACUUGUGCUGAAAGAAUGUUGUACCUUUUUGGAAAGCCAGCUGGAUCCUGGCAAUUGUAUUGGGAUCUCCCGUUUUGCAGAGACAUAUGGCUGCCAUGAUCUCUACUCAGCUGCCAAUAAAUAUAUUUGCCAGAACUUUGAAGAUGUUUGUCAAACAGAAGAGUUCUUUGAACUUACCCAUUCUGAGCUGGAUGAAAUUGUUUCCAACGACUGCUUGAAUGUGGUUACGGAGGAAAUGGUUUUUUAUGCACUGGAAUCUUGGAUCAAAUAUGAUGUGCAGGAGCGUCAGAAAUUUCUGGCGCAGCUGCUUCAUUGCGUACGGCUGCCUCUGUUGAGUGUUAAAUUUCUCACAAGACUUUAUGAAGCCAAUCAUCUCAUUCGUGAUGACCACACUUGUAAACACCUGUUGAAUGAAGCCCUGAAAUACCAUUUCAUGCCUGAACAUAGGCUUUCAUAUCAGACUGUACUAACUACACGUCCUCGCUGCCCUCCUAAAGUACUCUGUGCAGUGGGAGGAAAAGCUGGACUCUUUGCGUGUUUGGAAAGUGUUGAGAUGUAUUUUCCUAAGAAUGACUCCUGGAUAGGCUUGGCACCUCUGAGUGUUCCUCGCUAUGAAUUUGGAAUCUGUGCCCUUGAUCAGAAAAUCUAUGUAAUAGGAGGAAUUGCAACCCAUAUGUGUCAAGGCAUCAAUUAUCGGAAACAUGAAAGCUCUGUGGAAUGCUGGGACCCCGAUACAAACACUUGGACAUCAGUUGAGAGUAUGAAUGAGAGUCGAAGUACUUUGGGAGUAGCAGUUCUGUCACGAGAAAUCUAUGCUUUGGGGGGUUAUGACGGGCAGUCCUACCUGCAAUCAGUGGAGAAGUAUAUUCCAAAGGUGAAGGAGUGGCAGCCUGUUGCACCAAUGAACAAAACCAGGAGUUGCUUUGCUGCAGCUGUUUUGGAUGGAAUGAUUUAUGCCAUUGGGGGCUAUGGUCCAGCUCAUAUGAACAGUGUGGAACGUUAUGAUCCCAACAAGGACUCCUGGGAAACCGUUGCACCGAUGGCAGACAAGAGAAUAAACUUUGGUGUUGGGGUUAUGCUAGGCUUCAUUUUUGUAGUUGGAGGGCAUAAUGGUGUUUCUCACUUGUCCAGCAUUGAGCGGUAUGAUCCACACCAAAACCAGUGGACUGUUUGUCAUCCAAUGAAGGAACCCAGAACAGGAGUUGGUGCAGCUGUAAUUGAUACCUAUCUUUAUGUAGUUGGUGGACACUCAGGGUCAUCCUAUCUUAAUACUGUACAGAAAUACGACCCUAUAUCUGAUAAUUGGCUGGACACUGCUGGUAUGAUGUACUGCCGAUGCAAUUUUGGCUUGACUGCACUUUGAAGAAGAAUAUAUUUGAGGACUCAAGUAGACUGAAGAUACCCAGCCCAUACACAGCAGAAGCUGUAUUUCUUCAAGAUGGGAGAAAGGAGAGACAGCUUAAUUAUAAUGCAAACAGGUGAACCCCAAAUAAGGCUUGGGUAUUGUUGGUAGGAAAGAAAUGGAAGGAGAGAAUAUGGAAUUGUGUUUCUAAUGGGUAUCCACAUUGCAUACUGUUAUUGAUCUGAAAUAAUUUAUCUUGAAACAAGAAGCACUGUGUUGCCUGCAGUAGGCAUAGAAACUCCCAGACUCAGAGCUUUGAUCUUCUUUCUCUUCCUGUGACUGGCAUAGGUAUUGCUAAAGGGGUGGGAUCAUUUGAGUGUGUUGCACAAUCUUACUAGAUGUCUGUCUCCAUCUUUACAUAGAGACCAUAAUUGCUUCACAAUUUUUUAUGAACAGUUAAAGGGCUGCCUUUUCUCUCCACCCAUUACACAGGUUUUGUAAAUAUCUGAUACUGUAAUCUGUUUAUCUGCACUUAAUACAUCUCUCUUUUGGGGGGUAACUUGCUGGAGGAUAAGAAUGAAUAGCUAUUUUCAGCUUAAUGCACUUAAAGUUUCAUUUUUAUCCUUAUACUAUUUGGACCUGCCUGUACAUCUAAAACAUAAUUCUUCUCACCCUUUAUCUGAAGAUCUACAGCUUACAAGCUGAUAGAGAAAACCCAUGUUGUUUGGGUUUACUGAAAUAAUGCAUAAUGAUAUCCUAACACAUGUGUAAAUGCUCCAAAAAAAAAAACUUCCCACCCCAGUGCAUAAAUCUGUGGUAUGUAGCCCACAUGUGACUUCAAAGAAUGUACAACCAAUUUUUCAGUGUGUACUGACUUUGACAUGGUGCUAAACAAUUAGACUAUUGAGAUUGCUAGAAAUCUUAAGAGCAAGUCCCACUAAAAUAAGAGGGAUUAAUUUUCAAAUAUGUACAGCAUUGGACUAAGGCAAAAUUUUGACUAAAGUAAUACAUUGUCUUCAUUUGGUGAUCUGCAGGUUGUGUAAUGAAUGCUGACAGACUAAAAUAUGAUGGACUCUUUCUUUUUACUUAUUUUUCUUCUCUAUUCCUGUGAGAUUUUCAAACUUUUCUUGUGCUAAUUUUUAUUAGGUGAGCAUGUUUGGAGAACUCAUACCUGAACAAAUUAGAGAAUGAAGGGAGUAUUUAUUAUUUCCUGAUAGAUAGUUAUUUUCCUUAAAAAAUGAAUUAGGCAACAGUAGUGGAUAUUUAUCUCACUGUACUCUUCAACAGUAGUCCCUCCAAACAUUGCUUUGAGAUAUCCUUCAACUCAGCAGAACUUUUUAGUAGUGGUUGGAUUGUUCUAUUAACAGGACGGUUCCUCUAAUAAAUUGAAAUCUGGUCAUCCUGAAACUGUUAGGUUCUGAGAGACUGAAGCAUGAGCCUGUAUUUUAAUAUUAUUUCACAUAGAUAACUGAAACUGUUUCUGCAGGUUUCUAUUUCAGGUAUUUUUCAAUGUAUAUUUCUGCUUUGUCAAAUGAGUUGUAUUUAAAUUUACUCUUGUCUGCCUUUUCUCCCUUUGAAAAUACAUUUCUCCUCAUCUCCCUUUAGCACGAUUUUUGGUAGUAUUCACAAACAUGCAAUAAUAAGAUGUGUGGCUGAUUUGUAUUUUGAGCCUUUUACUUCUGUCUGUGUAAAAGGGGAGAUUAUGGACUAGUAAUCUGUGCUGUGUAAUAAGAAUGGCAGCUAACCAAGCUGCAAAGGCUCUUCUUCUUCCAUGAGCUAAUCAAUGUUCUGAUUAAAACCAGAAGAGCACACUUCUUAAACUACUUAACAUCACUUUUCUACCAACACUUGAACAUGUUAUCAAAUCCUAAAACUCUUGUUUAGAUAUUUGUGGAGUUAAGCAGAGUUUUGAAGCAACUUAACUGAUGAAACAAGCAAUUUGUAAUAUGCUAGUUGAUACAUGUUAUGCAGCAAUAAUAGCAUAAUGCAACAUUUACAUUGAUUUUUUUAUGCAUGGAAUUGUGCGCUUAGGACAUUCUCAUUCAUUUCAGUGAAACUCAUUUGGGAGAUCUGGACUCUGAAGAAAGCAACCAUAUGGGACAAUAGAAGCAGCUGCUUGUUAUGGAUCGGCAGCUAUUCAGUUUCAGUUCGCGAAAAUGCACGGCUAAAUUGUUUUUUGUCCUAGGUCUCUCUCCAAGCUGCCUUUGUAUUUAGAAAAAUAUAUUGGUAUCUGGUAGGUGUUUAGGAAGUCACAUAGUGAGAUUCUGGGAAUAGAAAGAGCAGCUCUGGAUAGUGAGAAAGAGAAAAUUGGUCAUGCAGGGGAGAAUGGUAAAAAAUAUUGCUGUAGCUAAAGGACUUAAGAAGAGUUCCCCUGGUUGUCUGCCUUGUUCAUGCAUGUUUUGCAGAGCAUCCACUCAAGCUGUUUUGGUAGGCAGAUCUGAAUAUCAGACUUAAGGAUAUUUUUUUUGUUUUUGUUCUAAAAAAGGAGUUCAGAAUGUGACAACAUAUGACAUUCUUCAGUCCUUUUGGGUGAUGGCAUGUACCCAGCAGGAAGUCAGUUAAUCUUAAUAUAGCACUUUUUGUGUUAUUAGUAAUCUCCAGGCAGUUUGAGGGCAGUCCUCGUUGUGCAAUUCAGCUUAAGGACGUUGUUGAUUUAUUUGAGCCUAGCUUAAUCUUUGUCUGCAAGGAGACUUGGUUGAUUGGUUUUUAAUGAUGUAGACCAUCUAUAUUAAGAACAAAUUAAGGCACAAAUAGCUAUUUUAGUCAAGAUCAGAUUAAUUGCAGAUUAAUUCACUAGUGCAGUAGACACUGUCUUUGUAGCAAAUAUAGGGAAUAACAUAUUUAAAUAAAUUCACCAUAGUCAGUUCUCUUUUAUUUUGCCAUUCACUGAAUUGCUCAAGCGUAGACAAAUUAGACAACCAAUUUUAACAUACGUAGGCUGCAAUAAGCUUAUUAUAGCUCAGCAUUGCAGAGAAGGCCUUUUCCUAAAAUAGUACCUACCUUAACAUCCAGUUCCACAAAACCAUUCAAGUGACUUAUUUAAUGAUUAAGCAAAAGCACUUUAACAUUUACUGGCUGCUUAUUUUCAGGCUUUUCUUUUGUUUGGAAAAAAUAAUAGUUAAACCCACAGCUUUGUACGUAAGUUAGAUAGGGCAGCAUUAUAUACAUAUGUAAUAUCCCAUUUAAAAUGAUAGCUCCAGAGCCAGACAAAUGUUUCCAGUGUCAGCAUCUGUUACAGAAGAAUUUAUCUUCUCAUAAUAUACCUAUUCAUGAUAAAUGAGUAAUUAUGAGAGAGAGAAGUUAGCACUUAGCCCUUGGCUAGCUCUUCUCUUCGGUCAGGAAAUAUAAAAUGGUAUAGAAGAGUCCCUGGAGAUAUGUCAACCAGAGUGUAACAUUGGGGCAUUGUAGCGGUUAAGUAUUUUUGUUAUGUGGCAAACCUAGGCAGCCUUCUCUCUAUUUCCAUUUUUUUCUUCUACCCCAUCUACCAAGGUUCAUUUGUUAACUCCUUCCAUUGUAUGAAAGAAUAUGAACUCCUAACUUGCCUUAAAUCCCUUUUCAUUCAUAAAAGAACUGAGAGAUAAUUCCUUUCUUUGCCUUACAUGCUAUGCUGUGCUUUCACCUCUUUGACCCAAUUCCAAACCUUCAUGCACAGUAGUUUUCAGUAGGAUUCUAGCCUGCACAGAGGGAUUUUCUGUGGAUAUUAUCAGACAGGCAAUAUUGUUUUAUUGUUUGCAUUCUCCUACCAGCAGAAUUUCAUUUCUUUCUUUCUCUGCCAUCCUUCUUUACAAAGAUGGUAGUUGAGUGGGAAACCACUCAAUAAUUUUCUCCUUUUUUGUUUGCUAAAUGUGGUCAUGUUCUGUUGUUAUUGCUACAGUAUUUCAUUUCAAUGUGCACUGUUUACUAAAUAAAUUUAUGA